CCCUUGGCAGAAAAGCGACAUCUGCUACAGUGGGACAGUGACAUCGCGUACCAGAAAGGAUCAACGAAAAUCUGGGUACCCAAUUACCCUCCUUUGCGCCAGUUACUACUCGAAGAAUACCACGACGUCCUCUAUGCCGGGCACUUCGGUAGCAACAAGACGCUGACUGGUAUUGCGAAACACUACUACUGGCCCCACUUGGCAGAGGAUGUUCAGAAGUUUGUCACCUCGUGUGAAACAUGUCAGCGGAUGAAGAGCAGCAAGCAGAAAAAGGCGGGACUACUGCAGCCUCUUCCUGUCCCAAAACAACCAUGGCAAGUGGUUAGCCUGGACUUCAUCACCGGGUUACCACCUACCACCAGCGGUCAUAACGCAAUCCUUGUCGUCAUCGUCAAGUUCUCCAAAAUGGGACACUUCAUCCCGACACACACGACGGCACGCACCGAGGAGACAGCACAACUAUUCGUUCGAUACAUCAUCUCACAGCAUGGCAUUCCAACCACACUCAUCUCCGACCGAGACCCCAAGUUCACCAGCAAGUUCUGGAAGGAGCUAAUGUCUCUACUCGGGACCAAACUUGCCAUGUCAUCCGCUUACCAUCCGCAGACAGACAGACAGACCGAGCGCCUCAACCAGAUUGUUGAGCAACUCCUCCGAGCAGCCUGCAAGGACGAGAUCUCCAAAUGGGACCUGCACCUGCCCGUUCUAGAGUUUGCUUACAACAACGCUACACAUGCCGCUACGGGACAGACGCCGUUCUUCCUCUGCUACGGACGCCACUCGCUCACACCACAAAAACCGACACCAUCCGCUACAGUCCAACCUGCACAUGAUUUCAUCACAACCAUGCAUCAGCUUUGGGAUCGGACCCACAAGCGCCUCCUCGACAUUCAGCAGCAAAAGAAGCGCCAGGCCGAUCGCCAUCGCAACGACCACACCAUUACCGUGGGAGACCAGGUACUUCUUGACACCCGCAACCUGGACAUCAGCCACCUCCCAUCUAAACUUCGACCUCGCUUCUGCGGGCCUUUUCUCGUUGAAGCACAGGUCACUCCUGUUACCUUCCGCUUACGCCUGCCAGCUACCUGGAAGAUUCACAACGCCUUCCAUGUCCAACUUCCGAAGCCCUAUCAGGAUCCCAACACGAUCUUCGUCGGAUGCCAACCGCCGCCGCCGCCGCUCGUCCUCGUCCAGAAUGAACCCGAGUACGAGGUCGAGUCCGUGCUUGCACACCGCCGUCGUCGGAAUGGCAACGUGGAGCUUCUCAUCCGUUGGAAGGGUUAUGAUCCUUCUGAGGACAGCUGGGUACCUGAGACCGACAUGGGUAACGCCCGUCGUCCUCUGCAUGACUACCUUGUCAAGCAGGCUAACUGCCAUCUUUCCCCAUCUUUUGCCUCCUCACCUGCACCUGCUCAUCGCCGCCUUACCACUGCUGCAGCCGUAGCAGCAGCAGCAGAAGCAGCAGCAGCACCAGAAGGAGCAGCAGACUCAGCAGCAGCAGCAGCAGCAGCAGCAGCAGCAGCAGCAGCAGCAGCUGAAGGAGUAGCAGCAGCAGCAGCAGCAACAGCGGCAGCAGCAGCAGUGGCAGCAGCAGCAGCGGCAGCAGCAGCAACAGCAACAGCAGCAGCAGCAGAAGGAGCAGCAGCAGCAGCAGCAGCAGCAGCAGUAUCUACAGCCAUCCCCAUCCUCCCCUCCUCUUUGAGCCGCCGCGGGUCCACCCGCCGCCGCUCCCUCCCGGCCACCGCGGGUCCACCCGCCGUCGCCUUCCUCCCACUCCGUGUCACCAAUGGAGGGGUGGAGGUGGCGGUUGUGGGGGCAGCGGAGCCGGCGGCGGUGGUGGCGGGGU